AUUUAUUAUAAUUUUCGUACAUGGUUGACAGUAAUUCUAAUGUCAGAAACGUCCCUCAUGUGGACGGAAAUUACCACACUCUGUGCUACAUCAAAGUUGAAAUUAGUAAAGAAAUCUCAUCCAUCGCAAAAAAGGCAUAUAAUACUCUGUUUAAUUUAGAAAAAUUAAACAAUGUGUUAUUCUCAGAACAGCCUACGCAGGCAGACUCAGAUUACACGCAUUCUGAUAUUGAUAUGGACUUGGACUCUCAAGUUGGAUCCACAAGAUUAAGUCCCAGUUACGCCCACUUAUCAUUAUGUAAACCUUUAUAUUUAAGAAGACAAUUUAUCGAUUCCUUUCUGGAAAAACUUAAAAACACACUUCAAAACCUCAAACCAUUUUAUUUAAUUCUCGAGAAUCGAGUUUCAAUUUGCGCAAAUGAGAAUUUAAACCGCUAUUUCGCAGUCUCAUUCGUUGAUAAAACAUGCCGUGAUGAUACCGUUCUACCGAUAAUUGACCGUGUUGACCGUGUUCUCGAGUCUUUUGGCUUUGAUAAGUAUUAUGAACAGAGAAAACCACAUGUUUCCUUCGCAUCAACUAGGGACCUCUCACUGGCGUUGAGUGAGUUGUACAAGAGUACUGACCCUUCUGAAGGCUCACAUUCAUCCAAUUACUGGACCAACAUUGACUACUUUCUUGAAAAAUGCGAUAAUAUUCCUCAGGAAGCUAUUAAUUACUACGAUGCAACUUCUGUUAAUUAUACCUUUACUUUCCAGGGUUCUGAUUUAGAGGACACGGCUAUGAAUAAUGAGGAUAAAAUAUGCCUCUACGUUGAUGAAAUUCAUGUCCUAAUUGGCUCCCGUGACCAUAUCAUUAAACUUGUCUAAUUCUUUAAAAUUUGGGGAAUUGAGGAAAAUGGAAAAUUCCACUCAACUCUAAUUCCACAUCAUAAU